AUGACGUGGAUGAUGCCCACCACAUUGGCCUGCAUACAAACCCUCCUCAUGCACCUUUCCAACCUGCCUCCAGGUGUCCGCUGCCACAAUAUAAGACUCAAAAACAUGGGUAGAGGAGAGGGUGUGGCAGAGUACGGGUACCUUGAAGUCCAGAAAAAUGCCAAAAGUUGGCUGAAGGUUUGCGCCGAUAACUGGAAAGAAAAGGACGAGGUGGAAGUUUGCAAUUGGCUCGAGAUGUCUGCAGGAGUCAAUUUCCACGACAAAUUUAAACUGGAAACCACCAGUCCCGUGAUUGGUGUAGACAGGGAUGAUCUCUUCUCGAACGACUCAUACAGAAAACUUCACGAGGAUGUUUGCAAGUCCAACUCAUUGGUCAUGGUCUUCUGCAACGAUACCAAAUUUGACAAACCCAUCUUAAUCGAGAUUCAGAAAUUCGGUGCCAACAUCACACUCUACCCUUCAGCAGAGAUACCGGCAUACGACCUCACCAUCUUCAUCAAACCUUUGUCCGCCAAUUCAUACACAUAUCAAACUUCCGUACAGACCGAUCUAGCGCUAGACCAGUACAAGUUAAUGUUUGGACCAGCAGGCAAUCGCUGCUUCAAUUACCACAAGACGAAAGUAGAUAGCGAGUGGACGAACCUCAAAUUGCUGAUGCAACCGCUGAGCGCAGCAUUCGUCAUGGAUCGUGAGCACGUGCCGCUCAGCUUUUUCAACACUUCCACCGGCGUCCUCGUCUUCACCAUCAUCGUCUUCAUCGUCGUCGCCCUCCUUGUCAGCCUGCUCUUUGAUUGGCGGCCAGUCGCUUCCACAAUUAGGUCAAAGUUCAGGAGCAACUACAAUGAGGCCGGCCUCCCGAGUCAGAAGUUCAACUCCAUUCGGAUAUCCAAGAAGAAGAUGAGCAGGGGUGGGCAAACUACGACCCGAGGCCUUGUUCAAAAAAAGGUUGUCUCAGUCAGGCAUUAUGACCAAAAAAAGAGCAACAAAUCUUAA